AUGGUAUAUUCCCCUAUUGCUAAGGGAGUUUUAUGUAAAUACUGUGUUCUAUUUCGCCCCACUUUGCUAAGAGGUACAUUUGGAGCAUUCAUUAUACGUGGUUUUAAAAAAUUUUAUCAAAUCCAUGAAGAAGCUAAAAAGCAUACUGAAAAUAGAUGGCAUAGUGAAUCCACGGCUGCAGCAAAGUUUUUUCAUGAUACUCAAACGUUAAAAAAGAAAGACGUGACAGAACAAUUAAAUAGUGCUAGCCGAAAACUUAUUGAAGAAAACAGCUUGAAAUUAAUAUAA